AUGUUUUAUAUUUCAAAGACUAAAGCUAAAUUUGUGAGAAAGAAGAUUUAAAUCUAUUUGAUGUUAGAUACUUAGAAAAAUAUCAAAGCCCAUAAAUUUAUUGUCUUAAAGGAUUUUUAAUUUUAGUAUUUCGUCAACAUCAAGAAGUUAGCAUUGAAUAAGCUUUGUUUAAUAACUAUACAUUAAAUUUUAAAUUAUUUGUCAGCCAAAUUUAAUAUCCUAACAAAAUAUUAGAAGAAAAAAUGUAAUAUAUUUCUGUUAAUUACUUUAAAUUUUAUAUAUCAAAUAAUUAAUAGUAUAGAAACUGAACUAAUUAGUAUUUUUGAUUAAACAAAUUAAAUAGAAUAAAUAUUAGCUCAUCAAAAAAUCAAAAAAUAUUUAUAAUGUUUAAUUUCUAUUUACAGUUCAAAUUAUAGUGGUACUUAAAAUAAUAAUUAAGAAAUAAAAUUUAGAAUGCUCCUUGUACCACCUGGACCAAUGUCUGAAUGCAGUAUAAGCAAUUGUGCUUAAUGCUCUGGACAUGUUCCAAAUACUAUUUGCAUAAAUUGCGAUUCAAAUUUUGCUUUAUAAACAAGCACAAGUUGUUAAACAUGUGGAGAUGGGCUAUUUUUUUAAUCUAUUUCUAGUCCAUGUGGUUAAUGCUCUGCUAAUUGUAAGACUUGUAUUAGCUCUUCUAGCUGCUAAGAAUGCGAUGAAAACUAUGAAUUAGACUCAUCAAAUAAUUGCCAACCUUGUUUAGUAAGCUAAGGUUAUUAUUAUGACUCAUCUACAAAAACAUGUAUAAAAUGCUUUUAAAAUUGUCUCUAAUGUACCAACUAAUCAAGUUGUCAAGUUUGUAAUACAGGAUACUUCCCUAGUUCUAAUUAGUGCUCCCAAUGUGAUAACUCGUGUCUCACUUGUAAAGGAUCGAGUUCAAACAAUUGUCUUUCUUGCAAAGACGGGUAUUACUUUUACACAGAUACCACAACUUGUUCAUAAACUUGCAACAUACAAGGAGGUUAUUUUGCUACUUAAAAUACUUGCUCUCCUUGUAAUAAAACAUGUAGUACCUGUAAUGGAUUAUCUAAUACUCAAUGUAUUACUUGUGCAACUGGACUUUAUAAAUAUGGUGGAGAUAAUCUUUGUAAGGUAUGCCCAACUAAUUCAAAUCAAGGUAAAGUAAGUAAUUGUCAAAGCUCUAAAUAACAAUGCCUAUAUAACAACUAAACAAAAAAUUAUGAGUUAACUGAUGUAUGCUCUAUUUGCAAUCAAGGAUACACUUUAAGUAACAAUACUUGUGUAUAAAUUUGUCCUUUGACUACUCAGAAUUAAUAUUAAAAUGCAAGUUCUAGUUAAUGUUAAUGUUCUCCUAGCUUUCCAUAUAAGCAUAUAACAAAAGAUAAUUCUAUUUUUUGCAGUAACUAAUAGUAGCCAGGAUUUUAUUGUGAUAUUAACUAAAUUUGUUAUACAUGUAAUUAAUCUAACUGUUAGACAUGCCCUAACUAAAAAACUUGUACAUUAUGUAAUAGUGGUUACUAUCUCUGGUUGAAUAAGUGUUUUUAAUAAUGUCCAUCCUAACAAAAUUUACAGAUUUCUAGCUCUUAAACAUAGUGUGAAUGUAUUUAAAAUUAUAUUCUUAUCAUCCCAGACAAUAUUUGUAUUAUUAAGUUGAGUAUAACUUCUAUUAAUAUCACUAAAGAUUCUCAAUACAAUGUGAUAACAGUUAUUUUUAAUAGAGUACCUUAUCCAAACGAAACAAAUGGGAUUAACAUAGAGUUAGACCCUGGUAAAUUAAUUUUAAAUACAGACUAUUAAAUUAUAUCAUAACAACUAAUCAGCAACAGUGUUGUUUUUAAUAUAUCUGUAGAAUAAAAUAGAAGAGUUAAUCAAAUAGUUGUUUCUUACAGCAAUCAAUAAACUACAUUCUAAUUAUAAAAUACUAUUUUCACUACAAGUACUUAUAACAAUUCUUAGCAAAGUGUUUAGGGAAAAAUUAAUAGCGCUAUGAGCAUUAGCAAGGAUCUUACUUCUGGCUAAGGAAAUGGUUACAGCAUAAUUCUCAUUCUCAAAAAAUUCUAAAUUUUGUGUUUCCUUUCAAAUUUUAUUUAGGUUUUUGGACCCUUAAUUUUAUUUAAAAACUACCUACCUCAAAUAGUUUAUGUCGGAACAAUUCUAGCAUCUUCAUUUAUAUUUACUUCUAUUCCCGAUGCUAAUUAAUUAGAUGUAAAUAGCUAAACUGAUAAUAUAAGUUAAGGCUCAGCUUCAUCUGAGCAGUAGCUUUUAUAAGACUUAGGAUUGUAAGCAAAUUUAUACUAUGCUCUUCCCAUACCAAAUAUAUCUUUAAUAAUAUCAGUUGUUAUAGUCCUUCUUUGUUGCUUUGCUAGAUGGGUUAUGAAAGGAAAGCAAUAUACUAUGGAAAUAGUAAACUUUUUAAUAAAUUUAGCAUCAUCUGUUCAAUAAGGCUUUAUUACUCCCUCUCUAUUUAGCAUUUAUUACUGCCUAGCAUACACAUAAGAGAAAUAUUCUGCUGUUAUUUAACUGAUUAUCCAUGCAAGCUUUUUUGUUUUAAUUUACUGUUUUUCUUUUAAAAGAACUGCAAAUUAUAUCGAAAGCUAUUUACCCAAUUUUGCUAUAAAUAUUAACACAAAGGCAAAGGGAUGGAAUACUUAUUUAUUUGCAAGCUACAUAAAAAAAUAUGCUAUUGUUUUGCUAAUUUUAACUAUUCCCACUCAUCCUUUUGUUUGUUGCAUAAUUCUAUCACUUAUUUUUGGAUGCUUUGGAUUAUACAUCUUAUAUUUUAGAUUUUUUAACAGUAAAUUUAUCAAUUUAUACAAAAUAAUUUAAGAGUUUUUAAUCUUCGUUACAAUAAUUCUGCUUAUAAUAUGCUUUAAGAAGUAAUAGGAUAUUUUAAAUUAAGAUGCAAUAUCUGAUAAGGAUCUAAAAAGUGUAGAUCAAUUUAGUUUGAUAGUAAUAAUAAUGCUAGUAGUUUGUUUAAUGAUGAGCUUUAUCUUGUUCUUAAUAAGAUUAAUAAUCUCAAUAGUAGAAAUUUUAUAUAAACUAAAAUAAUAUUUGACAAAAAGAAACGAAUAAGAGUAAAGUACUGAAUCGCUUGAUUAAAUAUUAGAAUAAGUUAACUCAUUUUAAUAAAAAUAAGAGCUAUUUAACAAAGUUCAAGUAAGGAAAAAAAAUUUAAACAUAAAAUGA